AUGGUGGACUUGCCAUUGGUGGGUGGUGCUUUCACUUGGUUUGACAUGCAUGAAGAUCCCCUUCUUUGUAGGUUAGAUAGAUUUCUUUUAAGUGUUGAUUUUGAUAUUCUUUUUCCUAAUGCAAUUCAAAUUUCUCUAACUAGAGUAAUUUCUGAUCAUAAGCCUUUGAUGUUAGUAACAAAACUUGGUAUUAAACCUAAACCAUAUUUCAUAUUUGAGAAUGGUUGGUUAGUGCACAAAGAUUUUUUGAAAAAGGUGGAGGAGUGGUGGGGUGUUAUGGAGUUUCAAGGACAAGCUAAUUUUGUGUUCUUCAAGAAAUUGCAAAAUUUGAAGUACUUUUUGAAGAACUGGAGUAGAGAGGAAUUUGGUGGUGUUAAGAAGGAGAAGUUGGAACUUACAAAGAAAAUUGAGUUGCUGGAUGUUAUGGAGGAAACUCAUAAACUCACUAAGGAGCAAUUUGAAGAUAGAACAAGGUGUUUGUUGAGGUUAAGGAGCAUUAAAUCUAUGGAGGCUAGGAAGUGGCAAGCUAGAGCUAAGCAGAAUGAAUUCAAAUGGGGGGACUCUAAUACUUCAUACUUCAAUAGGAUUGCUAGUGCUAAGAAAAAGAGGAAUACUAUUGCAAAGUUGGAUAUUGAUGGAGUAGAAUUGGAGGAGAAUUUGGAGAUGGAAAAGGCUUUUUCUGUGGAGGAGAUUUUUGAUGUGGUGAAACAUUUUGGUGCUAAUAAGGCACCUGGUCCUGAUGGUGUUGGCAAUAGAUUGAAGAGGGUGAUGCAUAAAUUAGUCUCUGAAUUUCAAGGUGCAUUCAUAAAAGGUAAACAGAUUCUUGAUGGUGCUCUUAUUGCUGGUGAAUGUGUGGAUAGUAGGAUGAAGUCCAAGAUACCUGGUUUAUUGUGUAAAAUAGAUAUGGAGAAGGCAUUUGACAAUGUCGCAUGGAGUGCAUUGCUGAGAAUUAUGCAGAAGCAUGGUUUUGGGAGGAGGUGGAUUUCUUGGAUAAAAUGGUGUGUGUCUACUUCUCAUAUUUCUGUGUUGGUGAAUGGGGCAUAUACUGAGAAGUUUAAGCCUACAAAAGGUUUUCAGGUGGAAGAAGAAGGAACUGUUAUUUCUCAUUUGCAGUUUGCAGAUGAUACUUUAAUAUUUGUGGAUGCUAAUGUGGAGGAGGUUAGAAGAUUGUUUCUUAUUCUUACUUCUUUUGAGUGUUUGACAGGUAUGAAAUUGAACUUGGAGAAGAGUUCCAUGAUAAGUGUAGGUGUUGAUGAAGUUAUUGGUGAUUUAGCUUUGGAGUUGGGUUGUAAGGUGGAGAAAUUACCAUUCAAAUACUUAGGUUUACCUAUUGGUGCAACUGCAAGGUGCACAAGUGUUUGGGAUGAGGUUAUUAAAAGAAUGGAGGUGAAAUUGGCAACAUGGAAGAAAAGAUUUCUUUCAAAAGCUGGAAGGUUAGUUCUUAUUAGAAGUUGUUUAUUAAGUCUUCCUGUGUAUUUCUUGUCUCUUAUUCCUAUGCCUGUUAGUGUGGAGAAGAAGCUUAAUAAACUGAUGAGGAAUUUCUUAUGGGAUUCUACUGAAGAAAGAAUAAGGAUGUGUUGGGUUUCUUGGCUUAAGAUAUGCAAACCAAAACAUUUAGGUGGUUUGGGUAGUUAA